ACGUCCACGGUUUGUUUGCGAUAAUUCCUAUCGAGCAGACGCAAUAUACGUAUGUUCGGACGUGAGUUGUGACAAACAGCUGCCUGUUAACUAGAUAAUGUGUCUGAGUUUGUCGAGACGAACAUGGGCGACUGGUAAAAUGGCUAGCUAGUGACGGCUAGCUACAAUAACACAAGAGCCAAGCGACACAAAGCUUUCGACGCGUAGCUGAGUAUAUGUGCUUAAAUGUAUGGUAACUGUUACGGUAAACGACACACACGUAAAAAAAAUUACAGCAACUUAUUUUUGUGGGAGACAAACGUUAAUUAUUAAGCAAGUGUUGCUAAUGUAGCAGGAGGCUAGCUGCGUCAGUAAACAUCCGCACGCUGUCCAGCUGAGAACAAGCUCCAGGACUUGUUUAUUAGCCUCGCUCGGACUGCAUUAUGGAGGAAGAAGAGGGCCCCGUAGAUGGCGAGGUGGAGACCCCCUUUGCUGCAGAGACCUAUGCUGCGGAGGCCAUGGCUGCAGACAUGGACCCCUGGAUCGUGUUUGACUCGAGAAGAACUCCCAGGUCUGAGUUUGAAGGCUGGCUGGAGAGCAACAGGCCCUCACAAGUGUACAGAUUCGGUGAUGAGGAAGGUGGUGUCAGCCCUGUGGGGUGGAUCGCGGUGCUGGGCAUGAACCACUACCCCAGCACCGGGGACGUCACGGGUCUCCAGGAAAGCUGGGAGAAACUUUUGGCCUGUGGCCGGCCUGCCAGCUUCCAGACAGUGAAGGAGCUGGCCCUGAACCAUGGAGUGCUUACUGGCAAGUGGUUGAUGCACUUGGACUCUGGUUUCAAGUUGGACCAUGCCUGGGAGUGCGUGGCCAGAGCAGCUCUGGAUGGCAAGAUCUCCCUUGUUAAAGUCAGUCCCCAUAAUCCAAAGGGAGAGGCCAAGCAGGUCAUUUGUGCCUAUAACCAGAACUUCACUGACGAGAGUGAGGUUAUAAGGCUGGACUCCAUCAUCCGUGCCACAGGGGUCAAAUGCCCUCUGUCCUACAAACCAGAUGUGUACACAUACCUUGGAAUCUACAGAAACAACCGCUGGAAGAUUUGUCCAACCAUAUACGAGAGCAAAUUCGACCUGGAGUGCGUACCCAGGCGUUCACACAUCAUCAACAAAGUCACCAAUCUUGAAGUAACAUAAGCCCAGGACGACGGUUUGGCAGGACGGGUAAAUGAAGAGGCACUUGGUGACGGCUGGAUCGCGCAGCACAACUUACUGACAGACUGAAGUCGUUUUGAAUUUUGAUCUCAAGUUCUUCCUUUGGCAAAAAAAAAAAAGCACAAUCUCAUUUUGUUCUCGUCUUCUCAUGCUGUAAUACAUUCAGAGUGACCUGAAUUGUCACGUUUUUUUUUUCUGUAUUGAAUAUAUCGUAUUCAUAAGUCAUAUGUUUUUGUAUUCUCGAGGAUCUGUUUAACACGCUAACACUUACCUGACCGACAGGUGGCUCAAGAAAUCCUUGAUUUGUGUGCAUGUGCUCAGAGGAAACUUUGCAUCCAAUGAAGAAUUUCUUUUUUUUUAUAAAUCACAUUUGUCUCAUUUGUUUGGCUUUAUUAUUAUUUGGUUUGUACUGAAUGGAGACAACAGAGCUGCCAAAUAAAGUCUACUUUUGAAG